AUGUGGAACCGAUUUCGAAAUGCAACAAGUUCUUCCAAAAUCAAAGGGACCAAGGAAAAAGAGAACAGGUGUACCCUAAAAAAAUCGGUUUCCAUGGACUCCCUGCACCAAAAACAACCAUCAACAUAUAUAAGAAAAAGAAAUGGAAGCCUCGACGCAAAUUUAUUCAGUAAUAGUUAUUGGUUCACUCAUGACAUGUCAACGGCGAGCGAGCAUUCAUCACGUUCAAAGGAAGAAACCUUUGUCAUCGCGUUAAUCGGAAAACCCUCCGUGGGAAAGUCAACGAUAGUGCGAACAGGUUUAAGUAACUUGGCACCAAUAAAAAAUGUCGGAGUGGAAGUCAACGUGUUGCACGCCCCUACGCUGAUCACAGAAAUUGACGUCGACGAUCAGUCAUAUCCCGUAGAAAUCUUGGAAAUCCAGGAAAAUGUUUUUAACAUGAAGUCCGGUUUAAAGUGGCCGAGGGAACUUCGAGAAAUUGACGGAGUUUUAGUCUGCUAUGACGUAACAAAUCGCUCGUCAAUAGCAAAUAUUGCUUGGCUGUUAAAUGCAUUCAGGGAAUUUCAAGUCCCUUCGAUAUUGGUGGCAUGUAAGACAGAUAGUGAACUCGCAAAAUGUCAAGUAGAUACGCAGUACGGCGUGAAACUCGGCGACCUGUUUAAUGUCGGAUUUGUUGAGUUGGACACAAGAACAGAUCAAGGUGUGCAAAAGAUACACGACGUAUUUUCCAUGCUUCUAAGACUGUCGAUACGACAACGAGAAUUCUCGAAGAAAGAAAAGAAUAAAAAAUCAGUUAACAAUUCGGCGCAUGUACAAAGCACUGGUAGCGAUGUAGAUCUUGGAAAACGCAUUUUAAAUCAUCGGAGGUCCUCAAGUGACCAAAGUAAUGAGUCGAGGGGAAAAAAUCGACUUGUUAAUUUACCAGCGGUAAAAUACGUGAGUUCAUAUUACGCCAGUCGAUUCGGUUCUUUGAAGAGAGAAUCAAGAAAAUCUCAGUCUCUUUUGGACAGACAAAAUAAUGAAGACGAAUCUUCACUUCCUAUUCUCAUAACAUCAAGUUCCUCAUCUUCGAAUGCCUCGGAAAUUGCUGUUGCACCAUCUCCGCAAACGUCACAAAAAAAUUCUAUGACGUCUUCACAAGCUCCUAAACCUCACCGACGAUCACUCCUUCCAUCGUCGACACUCUUACAAGUCAUAGAGGCAGAAGAAGAAAAAGAUAUCGGCUCCGGACACAACAGAGUUUCUUGUUGCAGUUAUGAUUCCACGAUUAGUUCCGUGAGUGUGAAAAGCGGUAUUUCUUCGACUUGGGACAAUUUGUUGGUCAACGAACUAAUUUCCGAGAGAGAAUUGAACAAGUGUGCAGGGUGUGUAUGGUCAACGAUGUGCCUACUUUUGUUAGAUACUUUGUUAAUUAAAUUGAUCAAACUCGAUAGCAACAAGGAUGAAGGUCUGACGAUCGAUGAAUUAAUUCAGAGGUUGACGAUAGGAGGCCAAUAUGACACAUCCGAGGAUUCGUUUAUGAUAUCGUUUUACGUAAUAUAUCGGACCUUCAUGAGACCCCGAGAUGUUCUCGUCAAGUUAAUGCAAAGAUUUCGUGAUUGCGGGGAACUGGAUGACAAAAGGAAUACGACCCACGAGAAAAUAUGUAACCUGUUGUACCAUUGGAUCACUCAACAUCCUCAUGAUCUCAUUCAUCCGCAAACGCGAAAGAUGAUGCGCCAAUUUCUUGAUAUCAUUAGUAAUUGCUCUCAUCUCACGUAUUACGCGAUCAUCCUUGCUCCUCUAAUAAACGGCACAAUACCCAGUGAGGAUCCGGAUGUUUCAUGGGGACUUUCAGACUUGUACGAUGAGGAAUUGGAUGAACUAGAUUCUCCAGAGGAACAGAUAAUAGUCGAUAAAAUAUCAGCAUUACAUAAUCCAAAGAAAGAUAGUGGAUUCGGCAGUUGGAUAGUGGUUGGUGAUAAAGAGGGAAUCAUCCUCGACAACAUUGCUCCACCGCCUCGCGUCAGUCGUCCUUCCCUACAAAAUCAUCGUAAAGCAUCCUUAAUCAUCAUUUCGAAUGGUCUUGAAGGAAGACCAAUGAGUCAAAUGACAUUUGAGGAAUUGCCCGAGAAAGUGAUUGCGAGUGAAUUGACAUACCAGGAAUUUCAGCUCUUUAAAAAAAUCUCGGGACGAGAUUUGUUGAGGCACAUCUGGACUCCACAAAACAACAUAAUACGAGAAAAAGGAAAGGUUGCAAAGUCCAUUCAGCAUUUUAACUUUAUAUCAAAUUGGGUUGUUGCGAUGAUAUUAUCGCAAGAGAAAUUGAAAAAUCGUGCGAACAUGAUGAAGAAGUUUAUGAAAGUUGCAAUAAUUGUUCGGGAAUCCAACAAUUACAACACAUUGAUGGCCAUCAUUGCGGCGAUAAAUUCCGCACCAAUACUGCGUCUUCGUCAAACACGUGACUCACUUAAAGGUAGAUCUACGUGUAAGAAGUUUAAUAACCUGGAGAACCUAAUGUCUAGCGACAAGUCAUUUGGUAAUUACCGUUUGGCACUAAAAUCUUCGAUGAGUCGCGACGAACAAAAAGCGAUACCUUAUCUUGGUGUUCAUUUGCAAGAUUUGUUAUCGAUAGGCGAAGGAAACAGAAAUUUCCAAAAGGACGGUAAAAUACAUUGGAAUAAAUUUUCGCUAAUGUGCGAUGUCAUCAACAUGAUUUACAAAUAUCAAAGGUCGCCCUAUAUUCUGAAGAGCAACAAAUUUAUUGAGAAGUUCAUCAAUGACACUUUGAUAUUGAACGAUGAUGAAUCGUACAACAAAUCCUUAGAACUCGAACCACGGGUUCAGAGGGCUGCAAGUACAAGUAGAGUUCGACGGCGCUGA